CACAUUAUAAACUUGGGACGCGUUUGUCAAAGUUUAUCAUUUCCUGCCUUUAUACUUUAUAUUGCUGUCUAAAGGCGACUCGACAGGAAGAAAAUUUCAUUUUCGAGCGAAGCCUGUAAGGUCGAGAAGAGAGGAGAUGGAGCUGGAGAAGGUGAAGGAGUCGCCGGAAGUCCACGCUAACCCAGGCUCGAGCUUGGAGGAGAUCACCGAGCUCCGGCUAGGGUUGCCGGGGGAGAACCGGGGGAAGUCGGGCACAAAGCGGGGAUUCUCCAAGACUGUCGAUCUCGAUGCAUCAGCCGUCGGUCGCGACGAUGAAGCCAACAAUUCUCCUGUGGGCGGUGCACGGGUGAAGGAUGAAGUUUCCGGCGCAGCUAAACCUCCUGCAGCCAAGACGCAAGCCGUGGGGUGGCCGCCGGUGAAAGCGUUCAGGAAGAGCGUGAUGAAGAGCUGCAAGUAUGUGAAGGUGGCCGUGGACGGAGCUCCGUAUUUGAGAAAAGUGGAUCUGGAGGCGUACGACAGCUACCAGCAGCUUUUGGCUGCUCUUGAGAAGCUCUUCUCUUGCUUCUCCAUAUGCAAUUAUGCAAGCGAGAGGAAGAUCGUUGACCCGGCAAACGGUGCUGAAUUUCUGCCUACUUAUGAGGACAAAGAUGGUGACUGGAUGCUGGUUGGAGAUGUGCCUUGGAAAAUGUUUGUCGAAUCUUGCAAGCGACUGCGGUUCAUGAAGAGCUCGGAAGCCACCGGUCUAGGUCCAACGACCCAGUCUGCGUGCACAAGUUCAAGUUGAAAAGAAGGGACAUCAAGCUUCCCGAGAGAGAGAGAGAGAGAGAGAGAGAGAGAGAGAGAGAGCAUCCUGGGAUUAUAUAUGCUUUGAUGUACAAAGGGUUUUAGAUCUCAGCUCCUAGGUUUAGGGUUAUGCCACAGUUUUUGUAUUUGGAAUGACACGAGAACACAUAGAAAAUAAGAGGGUUUCAAUCUCUCUAUCAUUCAUUAUCUCCGAUCAGCUACUUUUCUUACUAUAGAUAUUCAUAUUGCCCGUUUUGUUUGAUAA